AUGGAGAGGGCCAGACAGCAGUAUGCACUCUCCAUCCUGGCAGACAAGGAGGGCAAGCGGCUGGACCUUCUGGAUUGCAAGGUCUUCUCGUUGGCUAGCCUUCAGUUCUGGAUCUCAAACUACCAGGCCUUAUUGGUCAAAUAUGACUUUUUCAAUUAUAGUAAAUUGGAGGACUUUGCUGAAAAAUGCCCCCAGCAAGAUUGGUCCUGUUUCCAGGCUAUCCUGAAGGAGAGCAAACUGGUGCGAGAAUGGUGCUUCCAUCUGCUGUGGAUGUGGCUGAUACCUCUUCACAUACGAUGGCUACAGAAAUUGUCAUUAGGAGGGAAUUAUACACCAUGCCAAGGUGUUCCAGAUGUUUCCAAUGCUCAAACUGAAGGUAGAGUGAAGGAUAGUUAUGAGCCUGGUGAAACAGUACUGCAGAAGAUGGCACUGUUGACUCUGGCACCUAGGCAGAUUCUAUCGAGUCUGGAGUCAGAAGGAACUCCUUCCAUAUCUAUGGCACUGCACUGUACCAACACUAUAUCGGUACCGACUAUGGCCAGACGUGUUUGCGGCUGCCAGGCACCUCUUAACCCUGUCAGUGCCGAUAUCACUGGUGGUACAAGAUUUGACACUAUCUUGUACCAGACACAGGCCUUGCAACAGACACAGGAGAAUCAGCAGGAUCACUUCAGUGCUCAGUACUGCACCAGCCUCACGUACCCCAUCAGAAGGAAAACUGGCAACACUCACUUCACUGCGGGUUUCUCCACCUCAGCAGUGAAUGCCGAAAUUAGAUGUGAUCCUCCAACAGUGACUAAUGGAACCUACCACCCCAAAAAGAAAGUGUUCAGAGAAUUGGAAGUAAUCAGAGUAGACUGUAAUCAAGGAUUUCACUUUGAAACGGACAAUAGGGACAGGAGAGCAGAAUGCACAAAGAAUGGCUGGUUACCUGUUCCAAGAUGUAUCUUGAGACCCUGUGACUACCCACAUAUAGAAAAUGGAGCAUUAACUGACUAUUAUGAAAAUCACAAAGAACGAGCCUUUCCAGCACAGUUAGGUGUGUCAAUUUACUACAGAUGUCUUACCGGUUACAUAUCUGAAAGCAAGACGCCGUGGCCUCCGAUCACAUGUACUAAAACGGGCUGGUCUCCUGCACCAAAAUGCCUUAAAAAGUGUUCUACUGGUCGUUUGGAAAAUGGUAGAUUUCUGUCUGGCUAUUGGAACACCUACAAAGAAGGUGAUGAAAUUUCAUAUGAAUGUUCUGAUAAUCUGCGAACCAAAGUUACAUGCACAAAGAAUGGCUGGUCACCUACUCCAAGUUGUACUUCUAACAAAAUAUGUGAAAAAGUUGAGAUACAGAAUGGUUAUUUCUCUGAAAGUAAGAACAGAUUUACUUUAAAUGAGGAAGCAACAUAUAGGUGUCAGAUUGCUUACACGACUCCAGAAGGAAAUGAGGUGGGGAAGACACAGUGCCUUCGAGGAGGAUGGACUCCUUUACCAAAGUGCAUUAAAACAUGUGAAAAGCCUCGUUACGAGCAUAUUAAUUUCCACACAAAUCAAAUGGUGUUUCUGCCUGAAGAAAUACUGGAAUAUGAAUGUGCGGAUGGAUACCAAACUGUAAAUAAAAUCACAACAGGUUAUACAGUAUGUGGCAUAAAUGGAUGGACUCCUGAGCCCCAGUGUCUUGCCAUAGAAUGUGAAAUGUUGAUAUUGGCCCAUGGCCAGGUUUCCCCCCCGAAAGCUAAAUAUGAUAACGGAGAUGUGGUAACUUUUUCCUGUGCAAAAAGUCACAAACGAGUGGGACCUGACUCCUCUCAGUGCUAUUACUUUGGAUGGUUCCCAGCAUCUCCGACAUGUAAAGAGGAAACCAAAGCUUGUGGGCCACCACCCAGCAUUACCAAAGGGAAUAUUAUCAGUGAACUUCAUGAGGAAUAUGAACAUGGCGACUCAGUGGAAUAUGACUGUGACCUCCGUUUUAAAAUUAUUGGAUCAAGAAAAAUAGAAUGUAUUGAUGGGGAAUGGACAUCUUUACCUUCUUGCACUGAAGAGGAAAAAACCUGUGGACUACCACCCCCUAUUGCCAAAGGGGGAGCUGUCAAUAUAGACAAUCACCAGUACGUUCAUGGAGAUACAGUGGAUUAUGAAUGUGAAAAAAACUAUGUAAUGGUUGGGCCAAAGACAGUGAAGUGUCUUAGCGGAAAAUGGAUAUCUUUGCCUUCGUGUGCUGAUCAAUCUGCUACAUGUGGACUUCCAGAGAAUUUUGAGACUAUAGCCAUUUUACAAACUCCCAUCAAGAAAAGGAUCUAUAGGCACAAAGCACCUAUAAGUUACAAAUGUAAAACAGAUGGCACAAACUUUAUACAAUCAACUUGUAAAUAUGGGGAAUGGACACCCAAACUUGACUGCAUAGAAAGAAAAUGCCCACCUCCACCUCAGCUCCCGGGUGCCAUCAAGAUCACAGAGACACGAAACUACGAGAACGGUGAAAAAAUAGCUUUUACGUGCCUAAAAGAUUUUGAACACCAAGGAGUGAAAGAAAUAAUGUGUGAAAACGGGAAGUGGCAAUCACCACCGCACUGUGUUGAAGAAAAAUUAUGUUUCCAGCCACCUUCCAUAGCAAAUGGUGAGAUUCUCAGUCUAGAAAAUCAGAACUUAAGACAGGAGCAAUCAGGACCAGUGACUUAUCGGAAUGGUACCAUGUUAACGUACAGUUGUAACCCUGGCUUCAUGUUACGUGGACCACCUGAGAUAAUUUGUAAGACUGGAAAAUGGACCUCAGCUCCUACAUGUGUUGAAAUGCCAUGUACAGAUGUUCCAAAUAUUAUCAAUGCUCGGACUGAAGGCAGAGUGAAGAAUAGUUAUGAGCCUGGUGAAACAGUACGUUAUCAAUGCCAUCCUGGUUUUACCAUCAGUGGAUCAUCAGAUGUUACAUGUAAAGCAGGAAAGUGGUCCACACAGCCUGUAUGUGAAGAUGCAACAUGUAGCGCUCCACCUGAAGUUACCAAUGCUGAUAUUGUAAAUAAUAAGGAGGGAAGGUAUCUGCCUGGUGAUAGAGUGCAAUAUAAAUGUCAGGAAGGAUUUGAAAGUAUGGAAUUAAAUUAUGUAUUUUGUGAAGAUGGAGAAUGGUCCCAACCACCAAUUUGCAAAGAUAUGAGAUGUGCACCUGCACCGGAGAUUUUUGAUGGUAAGAUUCUAGGUGCUAAAAAGAGAAACUAUUUCCCUGGUGAGAGGGUGCGUUAUCGAUGUACACAAGGUCUGAGCCUUAUUGGGUCUCCAACGGUAACAUGUAAGCAAGGGAAGUGGUCCCAACCACCAGAAUGCAGAGAGGCUGCUGGAAAGUGUGGGCCCCCACCUGCUAUUGAUAAUGGAGACACCAUUGCCUUUGCACAGCCAGUAUAUGAAUCAGGUUCAAGAGUGGAAUAUAGAUGCAAAAGUUUACACAUAAUGAGGGGAUCUCCAUUUGUUCACUGCGAAUCUGGCCAAUGGACAAACCCACCAGUUUGCUUAGAGCCAUGUACAGCAUCCCCAGAAGAGAUGGAAAAAAACAAUAUUGACCUGAAAUGGAGGGAGACCACUAAAUUGUAUUCAGAAAGUGGAGAUUUUAUUGAUUUUGACUGUAAAUGGGGAUAUGAGAGGGAUCCACCGUCUUCUGAAUUGAGAGUACAGUGUGUGGAGGGGAAAUUAACAUAUCCUAAAUGUAAGAAAAGAGCAUGUGAAGAGCCACCUGCCAUUGAUUUUGGGGGCAUUGUUAGAGACAAGCAAUCAGUGUAUUGGGAGAGUGACAAAGUGCAGUACAAGUGCAAUCCUGGAUACACCCUGACAGGACCUGAAUGGAUCACGUGCAGUGGGAAAACCUGGACACCUGCACCACUGUGUUUGGCUUUUGGCAUACAAGGUGGAAUUCCUUCAAAAUAUGAUUUACCACAUCCAGUGCUGCUUCACGCCAGAAUUCAAAGUGUCUGUUUGACCAAUGAACUUCUGCUCAAUGUUUGA